AUGCAGACCGCUCUCGGUUAGUUCAAACUUACGCAAUAUCUCUAACGCUUCUUUUUUUCAGCUUAUUUUUCUGUGUUAUGUGUUUUCGUGACUGCGAGGUAUCAUGAAGAAGUGUCGGAUUUGGAUGCGGACCUAAUCAUGGUAUCAGAUGGCGAAUUCUCGGCUAUUCUCGAGCCAGAUGCAGCUGUUUUCCUCGAGGAAACAGUGCUUGAAUUAGAGCCUGAUGACACCGGAGACGAGCUUUUUCUGAAAGUACAGCCAAAACCCUCGGGUUUGGUCCCUUCAGAAUCAGAUUACGAAAGUCAGAUCAGCAAUGAAUCGAAUGAGAAACCUGAGGAUGAAGUUCAAUAA